AUGGAAAUGAAUAAAGCCCAACAAACAAGAUCAUUGAGCUUACCUUCAAAGUUAAAUCCUAUCAACCAAAAAAUCGAAACACAGCUAAAAAAACUCAGAAUCAAAGAGGAAUCAGCAACAUCAGCUUCAGAAAGAAUCAUAAAUGGUGUUUCGGGUUUAUCAGAAUUGUAUGAAUGCAUUAACAAAGCUCUGAGUCUUCCAAUGACCCAACAAGCUCUUUCACUUUCACAACAUGAAAAACAUGUGGGUGUGUUGUUAAAGAGAUGCUCGAGCCUUCUUAACAUUUGCGGCUCAAUCAUGGAGAUUGUGCAGCUACAAUGCGCAAUCACUAAACUGCUUAAAUCUUCUCUUUCUGAAUCAAAAGAAGACACCAACAUUGAAACCAAUAUCGGUAUCUAUACUUCCACAAGGAAGGAGGUUAUUAAGAAGGCUAAAAAUGUAGUUAUGACAUUAAAUCAACUCCUUGGGGAAGAACAAGAAGAAGAAUGUAAUGCAUCAACAUUGAUUAAAUCACUUAGAUGUGUUAGUAUUAUUAACUUGUCUGUUUUUGAGUCACUGUUAAAUUUUGAGUCAUUGCCGGUGUCUAAGCCUAAGAGGACAAUUGUUUCGAAGUUGAUGAACAAGGGAUCCGCGUGCAAAUUUGAGACGGGAAAUCAGAUAAAUGAUGUUGAUAAUGUGUUACAUGAAUUAGUUUUAGGGGGAUCAGCAGCAAGUGAUGAUAAGUUGUGCAUUGCGAUAACGAAAUUGAAGGGCUUGGUGGGCGUAAUGGAGAGCCUUCAGACUGUCUUAAACAAUAUGUCUCACCAACUUAUUCAAACAAAAGCCUUUCUAAUGAAUAUCGUUUCUUUUUAG